AUGACUAACUCUGUAGAUACACUGCUGAUUCCAGGCCCCAUCAUUCUAAGCGGAGCGGUCCAGAAAGCUCUGGACGUUCCCUCCUUGGGCCACACCUCUCCUGAGUUCGUCUCCAUCUUUCAAAGGGUUUUGAAGAACACCAGAACGGUUUUCAAAUCAGACGCUGCUUCCAAGUCUCAGCCCUUUGUGCUUGCAGGGUCCGGUACGUUGGGCUGGGACGUGUUUGCGUCGAAUUUUGCUCUUUCUAAGGCCCCUAACAAGAAGGUGUUGGUGGUGUCCACGGGGACGUUUUCGGACAGAUUUGCUGACUGUCUACGUAGUUACGGUGCUGAAGUAGACGUUGUGGAGCCUCUGAAGAUAGGGGAGGCGGUUCCUCUAGAGCUAAUCGCAGAAAAGUUGUCACAAAACAACUAUGGUGCUUUGACAGUCACACACGUGGACACUUCCACGGCGGUGCUGUCCGAUGUGAAGGCCAUUUCGCAAGUGAUUAAGCAGAAAUCGCCUGAAACGUUCUUUGUGGUUGAUGGUGUGUGCUCUGUUGGUUGUGAAGAGUUUGAAUUCGAUGAAUGGGGGAUGGAUUUUGCCUUAACCGCCUCGCAAAAGGCCGUUGGUGCUCCAGCAGGUCUUUCCAUCUUUGUGUGCAGCAGCAGGUUCAUGGACUAUACACUGAAUGACAGUGUGAAUGGCCAGGUGCAUGGCUACUUCUCGUCCUUGAGAAGAUGGACACCCAUAAUGCAGGACUACGAGGCUGGAAGAGGGGCCUAUUUUGCAACGCCACCCGUGCAACUAAUUAAUAGUCUCGACGUGGCCUUGAAAGAGGUCCUGGAAGAGGGGUUGAGCAAGAGAUGGGAUUCACAUCGUGAAAUGAGUGACUGGUUCAAAGACAGCUUGGUCAAUGACUUGAAAUUGACAUCUGUCGCUAAGUAUCCUUCAAACAUGUCUGCACACGGUUUGACUGCCGUAUACGUUGCAGACCCUCCAAGUGUCAUUGCGUUUUUGAAGUCCCACGGCAUAGUUAUUGCCGGGGGUAUUCACAAAGUUAUCGGGCCCAAGUAUAUUCGUAUUGGACACAUGGGUGUGACCGCUUGUGACAAAAACUUACCUUACAUGAAGAACUGCUUCAACUUGAUAAAACUGGCUCUUCAAAGAAAAAAAUAA